GACAGACAAUAAUGUAGUUUGCUUACUCUGUCUUCUGGUGCUGGAGCUCAGCCCGCCAUUUACAAGUUGAUAAGACACUAAGGAUGAUCUCAGAGGUUUUGUUUGAUAAUAGUUUUGCAGAUCGUUUGCUCUCUGUAGAUGAGUUCCAUUGUGGAGUAAUGAUAGGCGGAGUGAGUUCGUUUUAUUUAUUCCUCAUUUAGUAGCGGUUCGGUUCCCAGGAGUGCUUGUUCUUACCCAUUGACAUUCCAAAAGAUGACACUUCAGACGAUCCACCCCAUCGAUCUGUUUCGCCUCGUAUGAUUGAGGAUUUAAGCGAAAAAUGGAUUGCGUCACAUUGUAGAAAUCUUGCGCGGAUGAUUCCAGGGGGUGUUCAUAUAAGUGGGAUUUGUCUGACUGUCCCUUAUGGCGAAUUCAACGGUCAUACUAAUCACAUUCAGAAAGUAAUAAGCUCUUAACUAACUGUCAGAUCCUCUCUCAUAUAUCGCGGGAUGACACACCCAUGAACAGGUUUAUUUGUUCAAAAAGUACCGAAAAAUUAGUGUUGGUGGCUGACCCCAAAACAAAAAAAUUUCAAUGCAAAGCUUCUGCUGCAGAUGGAUCUAAUGUAUGUUUUAUAUGAUAUUAUUCUAUUCAGUAGAGUCAAUUUCGAACAGUGGAAGUAAAGAUUCGCCCAUUCAUUGAUCGAUGGGUAUCAUUCAAAACACAUAUACUACUGUCUUUGGAGACUCACUUACCAUCUGAUCGGAAAAAAGAGAAAAUCUUGUAUCAGCUUCAGGUAUUCACAAUUAUUUUUAGCCUAGGUAUGCCCAAGUGUGUAGUUGGACUUCUGAUUAAGGUUUACUACUGUUAUACCCUCAUUCACUCUUUCAUAUAUUUAACUUUUAAGUAUAUGUAUAUCCGAUGAACUUAAUAUUGGUUUACAUUGUCACCACAGCAUUAUUGUGUAGUCUACAAGUUUGCUCCAUAAACGGUAAGAAGUGGCUGGUUUUGAAACAUAACACUGCGUGUAACGUCAUCUAUAGCAACUUUUUAAAAAUCAAAAACCAAGGAGAAACCGUCGAUUGUUUUCAUCACAUAGUGGUUCAAGAAUAUCGAUGGCCGUGAAUGGGGUAGAUAAGUAAACAUCCAUGUCUUCCAUGAUUUGUAUUAGGCCACCGCCACUGCGUCUAGCGUGGUGUGCGAAGUAUGUUAAGUAGUUCAACUAGUCUAUAUCCUAUUUUCAACUACAUUGUCUUCGCCAGCAGUCAGAAAUAAAGGUCAUCACCAAGCUUCCAAUCAUUGUUGAGGUUUUAAUCAAUCUCAAGCGAAAAUUAGUUGGGUUGCGAUAAAUUAGCUCCAAGGUGUUUAAUGGUAAUUACUAACCAUCCUUAGUCAUGUGUGCCAGAUUUCGCGUUGCAUGUAACUGACUAAUUGUUAGUUGACCCUUUGAAUAAGCUAGAAUUUUGGAAUUCGACUUGAGCGUAACUGAUUUAGAUUGUCAAUCAUCUCAGCUUAUGACAAAAUGUCCUAUGAAAAUAGAAGAACCAAACUGAUUAGUGUAAGUUUCGAGAUCUUGUCUUCCGUAGUUAUUGAACCUAGGAAAACUAUUCCGACUUUAGUUCUAACCGUUAGUUUCUUGAUAGUACCCUUAUCACCGGAUUCUAGAUUAAUGUCUUAUUUAUCCAUCUCCAGCUGUCAUUCUAGCCAUUCAUCUAAAGGCGGUUUCAUAGUAAACAUCGCUAUUAAAGUGCACCAAACAAGUUCAUUUCCGUGGUGAGUAUCGUAUCCAUUUAUUUAUACAAAGCUUACUCUUUUCACUAAUCAUAUAAUUGUUUGUCUGUUUCCCACUUUUUAUUUUAUGAUAUCCUCCGAUCAACACCGGUCAAAUUCCCAGUAAUCAGCCUCUUACUCUGAUUUAUUGAAUGUUUCGUAGAUGUUGAUCGUAUUGAAUGGUUGGCGAUAGGUUAAGGUAGCGUAAUAACAGAUUCAGUUGUGUAAAUAGAGUGGUGUUUUAUUUUCUCGUGAGUCUAGAACCUUUAACUCCUUGCGUCUAAUUAGUUCUGCCGUAUAUUCGUUCUAGUUUUCGACUACUUCAGUUGCCAUUGCUUUUGGUCCUUCACUUUUUCUUCUGUUACGAUUAUGAGAUCGAAAAGUCAAACUGACGUAUACUUGUACCAGUUUCUAUUCUGUUAACGUCUAUUUAACUAGGAGAGCAAAGUCCCUCUACUAUAUUUUCUGUAAUGGAUAUGCACCUCAGCAAAGUGCGAAUGUGUGAUAAGUAGACUGUAUUAUUGUUGUUGUAAAUGUGAACCAUUUACGGUAAAUUCAAAAGUGCGUAAUAUACUUGUUUGUUCACUUUUGUUGACAAAUUUCUGUAAAUAAAAGUGCUUGUUAAUUCAUUCAGUAAGUGUAAAAUUACUAGUAAUACUAGUAUUUUCGUACUUUUUAAAUGUAUAAUGUAUAUAAAGCAAGUACAAUCAAAGUAACUUGCCAUUUCACCAUCUCUUUCAAGUGGUCAAAAUUUCCGUUAAAUUUUCAGGCUGCUGUCGAACCUUACCUUCAAUCCUUGGUUACGGAAACACAGUUGCUGAUCAAUGGAGAAUUACAUCAAGCUGAUGAAAAAUUACUAAAAGAUAUAGAUUUUUCUGUACCCCUUGAUGCUGACAUCCAAACCAAAAAGAACAAAAAAUCGUCCAAGUCAAAGCGUUAUGAUUUGCCUCUUAAUGUAGAUCACUCCUUAGUUACUUCGGCGGGGAGUAAGAAAUAUGCAAUUGCCAAGGGGUCCGUUAGUCCAGCCUUUACCCCACUUGAUAUAGUAAUUUUCGGACCACAGUUUCCUCAAUGGCAGCGUGCAAGUUCGUCAUCGUCACUUGAAUCUGGUGCUAGUUCGGAUACAAAUAUGAAUAAUGGAAAUGAUACUAAUGAUUCUUCAGGUAGUUUCGUUCCCAUUAAUCGCUUGUUAAUCAAUGGCCGAAUUCCUGGAAUUGCGUUUUUACCAGCUAAUUCAAGUGUUGGAGACUUACUGGAGGCAUUACGGAAUGAUCUUGUACGGAGUAUACUAGCACGACUACAACUUUUAACAGAAGAGUUACACAUUACCAGUGCUGAACUGGAAGUUCCUCGUAUGUUGCUACCUCAACGGGUAUUAGUUCGACUUCCUGCUUGUCCUACACUACCAUUGUCCGAUUAUAAAUUUUUGUCAGAAACUGCUGAAGAUGUUGUAAAUCGUUUGGUUUACUUCUGUUUACCUCUUGGAACUACUCCCACUAUUCCCACAGGGGAGGGGAUUACCUCCGAUACCACUGGUCUAAGAAAUUCUGUUUCUGAAAUUGAGGUGUUGUCCUCACAUGAUCGUAUAGAUGCGUCGUGCCUGGAUACUACUUUGGAAAAAAGUCCUGAACUUAGUGCUGAUGAUGAAUUUUCUGAGUCUGAAUUGAUAGAUGAAGUGGUUGAAUCUGUUCCUGUUUCUAGUCCAUUCACACUGUACAAUCCUAUCAUACUGGUUAUCAGCAUAAUUGUUUUGAUUAUAGCUAUUCUAUUAGCAUAUUACUUCGUUACACAAUCAUACCAAUCAAAAGAUUUCAUACCUCCACCAUUGCCUAAGGAAAUGUGAUCGUCAACCAAACCACAUUAUUACUAAUAUUAUUAUUUUAUUCUACAAAUAUAAACAAAAUUAUCAUCCAUUUUCCAAUAAUUUACUCUAUAUCUAAUAACAUGUGUAACUUCGUUUAUUUUGAUAUGUCCAACAAUCCAACCCAUCAUUUCUGUAUUUAUUUCUAAUUAUUAUUCAGUUAUUUGUGUAUUUGAUAAAGAGUUGAACAGACGAAAUUCCCCAAAAUUAUUUUUCUCUUUCGCUUUUCAUAUGUCACAUACACACGAAUAGGUCAAAAUGCUCACAAGUUUAUUUUGUUCAAUAUGUGCUGUGAGCUGAACUGGUUUCCUGAUUGUUAUUAAUUUUUAUUUUGUAAAUUUCUUUACCCCUCUCCUUUUUUUAAAAGUAGAAGUUGCGCAUAAUGACAAAAAUGCAGUGUGUUGUAAAAGGUAAAUUUAUUGUCCAGUCAGUGUGUAAAAAACUACACUGGUGAUUUUUUCUAAAAUAAUAUAUACAAAUGAGUAUACUUCAUAUUUUCUUAGCAUGACUGUGUGUAUAUGUGCGUGUACCUGUGUACGUUCGUAGAUAAAAAAUCGCAUCACUCUUCUGUUUUUAUUGGGAUUGGCUUAGUACAGCUACAUGGAUUACUAUUUGGUAUACCUUGAUUCAUAUUCAUAUUUUCCACUUUACUAGGCAAAUUUCUCAACUGAAAGUCCUCUAUAAAUACAUACACACAAACUUACACAUCCUUAACUAAAUAUUGUGUCAUUUUCUUGUACAAAAUAAAAUUCUUUGUGUUUGCUUGGUUAACAAACAAAACCUUUAGACAAAAAAGAGUGUACGAUUUUUCUGUUUAAUUGUUAAUAUCAUUGUUAUUAUCAGUUUUAAAGUUGUUUAUUUACAUUAUUUUCGAGUGAUAAACUGAUCCUAUUUAAUCUACUGGCUUUUUAUUUUCAAUAUGAAUUAUAUUUAAAUUGUUUGUUUAUAGAUAUGCGCGUGUGUAUGCACCAUAGACUCUAUUGAGUAGUUGUUACAUGUUAUUUUUUUUUGAAGAUAGAUACUCGUUUCACUGUUUAGUGUUUUGCGCAAGAUAAUAGAUGAAGGAGAUAGAUCCAAAGGAAAACAAUGAAAUAAAAAUAUCUCAUUUGU